AUGGUGCGGACGUCAGUGCAGCUGAGUGGGAGCAACACCGACAAUUAUCGUCUCACCUUCACCACCGCGGUACCGGCGGAGCAGGCCAACGGCAUCACCAUGUGCACCAACCUGGACCCCAGCAUCAGCGGCGCCAAGAUCACCGUCGUGUGGGAUGACCCGAAGCUCGCGCCGGUUGGCAAGGGCAUGUGCAAGAGGCUGGCGCUCUAUUCCGCCUGGGGCUGCACGGGGAAGCCAGGCCCCACGAUCGCACGUCCUGCGAGGACGGGCCCCACGUGCCACAAGGAUUGUGGAGCUGCUGAGUGCGUUGUGAAGGACGGCCAGCAGCAGUGCCAUUGCCCCGAGGGCCUCGUGUUCAACGCAGCCAAGAAGCUCUGCCGCGCUGCUCCUCCUCGUAGGUGCCUUGCUGCUUGUUGCGUGCUUGCCCACAUGUAUGAAUCAGCCGGCAGGUUCUCUUGUUCGUGA